CGUAGUUCACUCGGCCCGCCUGGGUUUCAAUACGCUACGCGUUGCUGUUUGACGAGGUUGAGUCCUGUCCGCCGCCAGCUGUUUGUAUUUUUUUUAAAGCCAUGGCUGCUGCAGCUGCUUCUACCUUUUCAUAUUUCCCUUCGCCCCUUCCCCCAGCCUGGUCCGAGUCUCUGUACUGCCUGAGCCCGGAGCACGUGCAAGAGCGGUUGCAAGACGACGCGGUAGAGACGGUCACCUCCGUGGAACAGGCAAAAGUAGAAGAUAAGAUACAAGAGGUCUUCAAUACUUAUAAGAUCAACCAUCAUGUGCCAAGACUUAUUCUGCAUCGAGAGAAGCACUUCCAUUAUCUGAAAAGAGGUCUUCGACAGCUGACAGAUGCCUAUGAGUGUCUGGAUGCUAGCCGCCCCUGGCUCUGCUAUUGGAUCCUGCACAGCCUAGAACUGCUUGAUGAACCCAUUCCUGAGUCGGUGGCUUCAGAUGUAUGUCAGUUUCUGGAGCGAUGUCAAAGCCCAACAGGUGGCUUUGGAGGGGGACCUGGUCAGCACCCACACCUUGCACCUACAUAUGCAGCAGUCAAUGCAUUGUGUAUCAUUGGCACUGAAGAGGCCUUUGAUGUAAUCAACAGAGAGAAACUCCUAGAAUACCUCUACUCCUUGAAGCAACCUGAUGGUUCUUUUAUCAUGCACAUUGGAGGUGAGGUGGAUGUCAGAAGUGCUUACUGUGCUGCUGCAGUUGCAUCCCUAACUAAUAUCAUCACACCUAAACUUUUUGAAGGGACUGCUGAAUGGAUAGCAAGGUGUCAGAACUGGGAAGGUGGAAUUGGUGGUGUGCCAGGCAUGGAGGCCCAUGGUGGCUAUACUUUUUGUGGACUGGCAGCACUAGUCAUCCUCAAGAAGGAGAAAUCUUUAAACCUGAAAUGUUUGUUACAAUGGGUGACAAGCCGGCAGAUGAGGUUUGAAGGUGGAUUUCAGGGCCGAUGCAACAAGUUAGUGGAUGGCUGUUAUUCUUUCUGGCAAGCAGGGUUACUGCCACUGCUCCAUCGAGCACUGCAUGCUCAAGGUGAUCCUGCCCUUAGUAUGAGUCGCUGGAUGUUUCAUCAGCAGGCCUUGCAGGAAUAUAUUCUUCUCUGCUGUCAGUGCCCUGCAGGGGGGCUUCUGGAUAAACCUGGAAAGUCAAGGGACUUCUACCACACCUGUUAUUGCCUCAGUGGAUUAUCCAUUGCACAGCACUUUGGCAGUGGAGAGAUCCUGUGUGAUGUGGUCUUGGGAGUGCCAGAAAAUCGCUUGCAACCUACUCACCCUGUGUACAACAUUGCACCAGAUAAGGUGGUCCAGGCCGUCAUGUAUUUCCUGCAGAAGCCCAUUCCAUGUGUGGAAGAGGAGGUAGCAGCAAGUUCUGCUGCCACUGACUAAAAGGCACCGUGUCCCCUCCAUUCUGUGUCCAUCCACUUUCCUGGUACACAACAUAUCCACAGUGUACACAGUGCUGUACAAAGCCUUAGCUACCAUGGAGCUCUAUUUUUUCCCUUUCUUAAAACACAGCUUUGUGUGUGUAUAUGUGUAUGUGCAUGCACGUGCGUGCGCGCACGCGCACACACACACACACACACACACACACGGUCCCAGGUCUCGAGAACAUUGUGUUUUGUCAUUGUUCUUUUUAUGCCUAGGAGGCCAGCCAGACCAAAAACCAACCGGCCCAUGUGAAAUCACUAAUCAGCUUUGGCCUAGUUAUGGUGUGCUUGGGGAGCACUGCAUGCUGAGAAGGAAGCGGUCUCCUUCCUGUUAGCUUCCUAAGCCUGGACAAUUGUAUUUAAACUAAUAAUGUAUGUGAGUAUUUUAGCAUCAAUUGCUGCUGUUUCUGCUUGCACUCCACUGUAAAUUUGCCAGGAGAGAUGCCCUUCCGGGAGUAGCAAAUAAGCCCCCUCUGAAGCCAUGGGAUCACUUACGGUCCUUUUAAGAUGUUUUCCCCAAAAGACAUUGAUAGGGACUCAAUUGAUGCCGAAGCCCCAGUGUAUUUCUUUAGUUGCUCCCACCUGCUGCCCUAACUCCGGAGCGAAGGGAGAUGUGGUGGGAAGGUCUAUGCUGUUUUCCCUGUGGCUGGUAGAGACCGAAUCCUUCUUUCCCAACACCAGAGGCCACAGUUGCACAGAUAGGAUUUAUGCAUCCUUGGGUGCUAUAUAGGAGACCUGGGAGACCAGUGUGGUGUGGGAAAUGAGCCUCCAGCUUAAAUCUGCACAGUGAGAGGAAGCAAAUCUCCUGCCUCACUCCCCUCCCCUCCAUCAUGUACCUUUAAAACAACUUGCAUCUGUGAGGGAGUCUCUGCAUUAGGGCGAGGUCACUGGAGUCUGUGACAUCCCAUGCAUCACCCACCCCCAAUUCCUUCAAACUUCCCCUCCUCAAGAAGACCCCUCCCCACCCCCAGGUUAACACUACUAAGUCUUUCACUUAAAUCUGACCCAGGAUUCCUGAAGUGUCCUCCCUCUUGUUGGGUUGCAGAGAUGAGGUGAAAGCCUCAGGACAGAGUGGCUCUUAGGUGGCCACUUAGAGUAGAACUCGUCCUGGAGAGCGCUCACGACGAGGGGAGGCUCAUGGCCAGUCAGCGCCGCGGAUGCCUGUCCGUGCUGAACAUCUCCACGUAGUCACCUCAUUCAAGGCUGCAUUGUCAUUUGUCUCCUGACUUGAAACCCAUUUGCUGCUGCAGUUAAAGUGGAACUCAUCAUUACUGACCUGGACUUUGCCCAAACAGCAGCGAUGGACCUUGGUGGGGUGGCUCAGAAAUGCAGAAUUAGGAACUUCUGCUGUCAAACUAGCCAUUUUCCACUUCUCAUAUCCUACUGCUUUUGCUUAUUGGGCUAUGUAUUACCUCCUUUAGAUAAUAAAAUAGUAACAUUUUUUUAUUA